CAAAGUCACCCCGUCCGUCUGCUGCUAUUGGGGUGGCCACCCCUUUCCCGGACCGCGGCGCUUCCAGCUGGCGAAGGGGGGUUCCGUGUGUUCCCUAGUCCUGAUUUGGAGGCAGCGAGGAUCGCGGAGCAGAGAUAGCGGGAAGGGGCCCGGCCCGCCUUCUCCCGCCCGCCCCGGGCAGCCCCUGGCUUUGACCCCGCCCUCUCGCCUAACUCCGGGGCUGGUCCAGGCGCUGCGCACUCGGGAUCCAGAGGCGCGGCCGGCCGAGCACCGUCCAUGGCUGCGCUGGGCUGCACGAGGCUGCGCUGGGCGCUGCUGGGGACGCGGGUGGCGGGUCGUGGCCUCCGCCCUCCGGGGGCAAGGACCAAGGCCGCGCUGCCCGCUGCGCUCCCCGCGGCCGAGGCAGCCAGCGCUCCCGGAGCCGGGCCUGGCGACCGGCGGCUGCGAAGCCCGGAGGAGCUUCCAGGGCCCGGGCAGCUGCGCUUCCUUUUCCAGCUGUUCGUGCAAGGCUAUGCGCUGCAGCUGCACCAGCUCCAGCAGGUGGUGCCUGUCAGCCUGUCCCUCCCAGCUGGUGGAAGGAGGUGUGGUCUGUGGCUGUUUUCCCCCAGGCUCUGGGGUCUGGUUCUGAAUGAAAGAUUGCUGCCACCACGCUCAACUUGACCACUGCCAAUGAAGAUCAGAAUUGAGGAACUCUCAGAAACCUCACAACAGCCUCUAGCUUCAGAAAGACUCAGCCUCCACUAAAGAUAACAGAAAAAGAUUAACUUUCUGGACACUGACAUGGUCCCUUGGGAGUCACCCUGUUAUUCUUUGCCCCUUCUGCAUGUUUUUUCACAGAUCACCCACACUUUUCAGCAUGGGUGCCAACAUACAAUUAAUUGCCCUGGACUUCCUGCGGGGUGGUCGAGGAGGGUUUGUCUGGUUGCCAAUAGCAGCAAGAAGCCUGGCUGCAUCCCAUCCUCUGAGUAUGCCUGAUCAACCUACUGGGAGUCAUAGUCACAGACACUCUUGUCUGAUAACACCUAUGACAAACAGAAUGGAUUUGGUACAAGCCCCUAACAGAUUCUGAUGAGGUGGCCUAUGCUCCUGAAGAAUUCUUAGUUGGAUACAUGAAAGGUCAGGGGUAGAAUUGUAAAGGAAUGGCUCCAUCAUGGUGCCCUGCUGAUCUUGCACAUAUCCACACAGCCUUUGGUUUCAACCAUAACUUCUGAGAUGGCACAACAUCUUGUGAUUCUUCUGGAACAUGAAAGAAUGGGAGACCUGUAAGGAACCACUAGGAGACCUCCUCCCACUCGCUUCCUUGGCUCCCAUGGAAAGCUGUCAUAAGACAGUUUCUCAUACUUUACUGGGUUCUGAUGAGUUGUGGGGCUCUCUGCCCAUCCCCACCAGAAGAGAGCUGCAGAAUGUAAAACUGCUGCACUGGAGUCUAGAAUUCUGGACUAAAACUCAUAGGUAUCUGAGCCCUGUUGUUAGGUGUCACCUUUUUGAGUGUGGGGCAAGGAUUGUGAGAGCUGGCACUUUGGGCUUAUUCUUCUUUUGCUCUCUAUGUAAGUAAUAAAAUAUCUAAAUCUAAAAGUGGCUCAUUGUAUCUUUGGCAGCUGAAUCAGUCAGGCCUUGGUCUAGCCUAGUCUUGUAUGUGCAAACUUGAUAAUUUCUCAUCAGUGCACUGUGGCUAGCCCAAAUGUUAAGGGUUGGUAAUCCAAGGCUGCCCCUAGUGGCCAUUACCCAAACUGUAGAUAUAAUGACUGAAAUGCAUAAACCUGCAUUUCAAGGAAAGGGUCAUAACCUAGGGUAUGCAAAAAGGCUGGGAAUGAAGGAAGGAGAGCUGAAAUCUUGUGCAACAUGUUGUGCAU